CUUGCUUAUUUGUACCAUCUGACUCUGUGGUAGCAUCUCGAUCUCGGCUCAGUGCACGCAACUCGUCAGCGUCUCUAUCACUUUCGCACUUACGCUGCAAUGUCCGCCGAUGGUCCAACUCCGCAGACGCUCCGUCGUCUGAUGAAAGAGUACGAAGCCAUCCGUUCCGAUCUCGCCCGCGAUCAACAAGCAUCGUCCUCGUCCUCGUCCUCCUCAUCCUCAUCUGCUACCCCAGGGUCACGACGAGCGCCUUCUACCCCUCGGGCUUCAUCGCAAGGGGCUGGAAGUAUGCAUCCGGAUGUGCUGGACCUGAGACCGUGGGAUACGGACGGGGAAGACCUGUUUGAGUGGUACGCAUUGAUCAACGGUCCGGAGGGAGGAAGUUACGCUGGCGGCCACUUCGAGCUCUCCAUCCAAGUUCCUCCAACCUACCCCUCCAAACCUCCCAAGAUCUCCUUCAAGACCAAGAUCUUCCACCCCAACGUCUCCUUCACCACAGGGGAGAUCUGUCUAGACCUACUCAGUCCAACGUCUUGGUCACCAGCGUGGAGACUGCAGAGUUGCUUGACGGCUGUACUAGCGCUGUUGGAGGAUCCGGAGCCCGAUAGCCCGCUCAAUGUUGAUGCGGCAGCGGUUUUUCGGACGGGGGAUAUGGUGGCUUAUAGGGGAAUGUGUAAGAUGUACACUCUGCUGUAUGCUGCGCAGGGGGAGUCGUCUUGAUGAAUAAGACUGUAGAAGACAGGGUGGAGAGACUCGGACAGACAGGGAGACCCAACCUAGCACACCAUUUGUAACAUUACACAAAGCGCAACAAGAGAGUCAGAUCUGAGUACACAUUGGUAGAUGAGAAGCUGAGCAAUGAUAUUAUCGAGAGAACGUG